UACAAUGACCGAAGACCACUAAUUCUUCGUCAUUGAUUGCCCGAAUAAGAAAAGAGAGUAAAAUCAAUCAAUAAUAAACCAAUUCAAACUAAUAAUUCAGUUCAAAUCUUUCAACUCAGAGGAUGAAAGGUCUAGAAUAGACGAUAGAGCACAGAUGUCUGCAUCUCCAUUCCACCAUGGACAUAGUUUCUUCUUCUUUUUGUUCGACUUCUCCUCGUACAUAAGCCCAAUACCCAAUAUGAGAAGCUAAGCUUAACUUCGGUACUAUCUGGUUUGGAUAGAUUUGUUGGUUUUGUGGGGGAGAUCGUUAGAGGAAGAAUGGAGGGGAGUAGGGAGGUGAAAAAACCAUUGCUAUCGACCAUGGAGGGGGAGGGGCAAAAGCCCGCCAACGUUAACCGACGAAAAUCGAGACGGUUAUCGGUGAAUUCACUCAGGGCCGAUUUCCUGUGCAGGUUGCCGAAUAAGGUGAAGUCGGCAAUUGAUCCCGAGAACCCUUAUCGCGCUGAUUUUUCCAGAACAACUUCCUUGUUGGAAGGAGAAAAGGAAUAUUAUGAAAAACAAUUCUCUACAUUGCGAUCAUUUGAAGAAGUUGAUUCCUUAGGGAUGACCAAUGGCAUUGAUGAAGAUCAACUUCGUGAGGAACAAGCCCAACAAGAAAGAGCAAUGAAGAUCUCUAAUUAUGCUAACAUCUUUUUGCUGGCAUUUAAACUCUAUGCCACAAUAAAAAGUGGAUCAUUAGCUAUUGCUGCAUCAACAUUAGACUCUUUACUGGAUCUCAUGGCUGGUGGCAUUCUGUGGUUUACACACUUAUCAAUGAAAAAUAUCAAUAUAUACAAAUACCCUAUUGGAAAGUUGAGGGUGCAACCUGUAGGGAUUAUCAUUUUUGCAGCUAUCAUGGCUACUCUUGGCUUUCAGGUUCUCAUCCAGGCUGUAGAACAACUGAUUAAAGAUGAACCUUCUGAAAAGAUGAGCUCAGAGAAACUGGCAUGGUUAUAUGGAAUCAUGUUGUCUGCUACAGUGAUAAAACUUGCCCUUUGGAUUUAUUGCAGAAGCUCAGGAAACCAGAUUGUUCGUGCCUAUGCAAAGGAUCACUUUUUCGAUGUGGUAACUAAUGUAGUAGGCUUAGUUGCUGCUGUUCUUGGUGACAAGUUCUACUGGUGGAUCGAUCCUGCUGGAGCUAUUAUUCUUGCAAUUUAUACAAUCACAAAUUGGUCUGGAACUGUUCUGGAAAAUGCAGUUUCUCUGGUGGGACAAUCAGCCCCUCCUGAAGUAUUGCAGAAAUUGACAUACUUGGUCUUAAGGCACCAUCCUCAAAUCAAGCGUGUUGACACGGUCAGGGCCUACACCUUUGGUGUUCUUUACUUUGUAGAGGUUGAUAUUGAACUUCCUGAAGAUUUGCCACUUAAAGAAGCCCACGCAAUUGGAGAGACUUUGCAGAUAAAGAUUGAGGAACUCCCUGAAGUUGAGCGGGCAUUUGUCCAUCUAGAUUUUGAGUGUGAUCACAGACCAGAGCACACUGUUCUUAGCAGGCUGCCUGACAGCGACCCUUGAUUUUGGAAUUGCCAUCUUUGUGGUUGUUGUUGUUAUGAUAAAGCAAUCUACAGAGAAGAUACAAACGAAGGCUUUUAAUCCCUGUUAUGUCAUGCUUUGUUUCUGUGCACAUCUGGAGAGAAAAAAGUAACGCUGGGUAUAAUGUUUUUGGUCUCUUGAAAAUGGAAGUAUAUCUUCCCAUGAACCAAAGAUGUAACAGAACUUGUCUCAAGGAACUAUGUAGGACCUUGUUAGCAUAGUUGAUUAAAUACUGAAUAUCCCCUUAGAGGUGAAUUUAUUCUUGUAAUUGAAUCAUCACAACCAUUAUAUUAGUUCAUAAAUCCAUUACCCAGUGGAGGUCAAUUUA